GGCGCGCAGUAUGAGCUGAAGGACAGCCCCGGGGUGCAGCAUCCGGCCGCGGCUGCCGCGUUUCCGCACCCGCACCCCGCCUUCUACCCGUAUGGCCAGUAUCAAUUCGGGGACCCGUCCCGUCCCAAGAACGCCACCAGGGAGAGCACCAGCACGCUCAAGGCCUGGCUCAACGAAUGUGAGCACCGCAAGAACCCCUACCCCACCAAGGGCGAGAAGAUCAUGCUGGCCAUCAUCACCAAGAUGACCCUCACCCAGGUGUCCACCUGGUUCGCCAACGCGCGCAGGCGCCUCAAGAAGGAGAAUAAGAUGACUUGGGCGCCUCGCAGCCGCACUGACGACGAGGGAAACGCUUAUGGGAGCGAGCGCGAGGAGGAAGACGAAGAGGAGGACGAGGAGGAUGGCAAACGCGAGCUAGAGCUGGAGGAGGAGGAGCUCGGAGGGGAGGAGGAGGACACGGGGGGCGAGGGCCUGGCGGACGACGACGAGGACGAGGAGAUCGAUUUGGAGAACUUAGACGGCGCGGCCACCGGGCCUGAGCUGUCCCUGGCUGGGGCGGCGCGCAGGGAUGGCGACCUCGGCCUGGGACCCAUUUCGGACUCCAAAAAUAGCGACUCAGAAGACAGCUCUGAGGGCUUGGAGGACCGGCCACUACCGGUCCUGAGUCUGGCUCCAGCGCCACCACCAGUGGCCGUGGCCUCACCGUCUCCGCCCUCGCCCCCCGUGGGCCUGGACCCCUGCGCUCCCGCACCAGUCCCCGCCUCCGCCCUGCAGAAGCCCAAGAUCUGGUCCCUCGCGGAGACUGCCACAAGCCCGGACAACCCGCGCCGCUCGCCUCCCGGCGCUGGG